AUGCCAGCGAUUCAGACUCAGACAUCCACUCUACCCCCGUCUCCGCAAGCAAGGGUUGAACCGCCCCAGGAGAGUCCUGAGUCUCCCGAUCUAGAACAGGUCGUGGCCGGAUUGGUAACAAAGGCCCCGUCCACCCCGAGCGUAUGGCCUGACGGGCUCGAACCUACUCGUGUCUCUCCCUUCGGCUCCUCCAUACCAAUAGACUGUCCUAAGCGCUGUCCCUGUGAGGCUAACUGUGCCGCAAUCUUCAUGUAG